AUGGUGAAGCAGAACAGCGACUGGAUGGUGAUAUCAUUUGAAGAUCUACCAAUAAUCGAGCGACGACCCGCAUUCUAUAACGUAUUCUUCGUGCAGGAUUAUGCAUCUCUUUGCAAUAUUAUUAGUCACAUGGAUAGCGGUUCAUACGAGUUCAGUGGGUAUUACACGGUGUUCCUGGAGCAAUCAGACAGCGAUGUCGUUAGCAAAGUGAUGGAGAAACUAUGGAAUAGUUCGAUUAUCAAUGCGAUGGUGAUUUGUCGGGCAAGUGAUGAGGAGUACGUGGCGUACACGUACUAUCCUUACCGGGCGAAUAAGUGUGGAAUGGUGGAGCCAAUAGAACAUGGAAGGUUACAUAUAGGCGACAAAUGGGUUAUCACUACGAGUGAUUGGUUUGGUGAUCGGAUUGCAAAUUUUCACGGAUGUCCACUAAAAGUAGGUACCGUUGAGGUGCAGCCCUACUCAAUGUCGCGGAGAGAAGGUAAUGCAACUGUUUACUUCGGUUUGGAAAUGUUUAUAGCAGAAGCAAUAGCAGAGAAAUUGCAAUUUUCAAUCGAUUGCUUAAAACCGCAGGGUAAGGUGCGUUGGGGAAUCAUGCACCCUACUAAUAGCACCGGUCUAGUGGGUAUGAUUCAGCGCAAGGAAGUAGACUUUGGAUUCGGCUCCCUCGGGUACUCGCUAAGCCGAAAUAAAUUUCUGAAGGCUACCCCGAGCCACCUAACACAAAUGAUAAUGGCGAUACCGCCUCAAAAGCCGUACACAUCGCUCGAGAAAUUAUUUCAACCGUUCACAAUCGAUGCUUGGAUUUGUAUUGCUGUUGGAUAUUUAAUUUUUGGAAUGACCACACUACUUUUGGCGAAGUUCAACCCUAAUGCAAUAUCUGAAAGGAUCCAUUACCCACUGUACACCUUGUGGAUCCUGUUAAUGGGAGGUUCGGCAGGAAAAUUUCAACUAAACAGCUCGCGAGCUUUCAUUAUUGGUUUCAUCGUUAACACGCUAGUUGUACGGACACUAUACCAGGCCGGUAUGUUUAAGCGAUUGCAAGCUUCUGCUUCUUUGGCUUCCGAUUUAAACACAAUUAGUGCCAUCAACAAGGCCGGCCUGACGUUCAGUAUGUAUCGAUCGACAAGCCAGUUUUAUAAGGAUAACCCGAUGGUUCCAGCCAGUCGCAUCAGAAUAAUCAACGAUUCAAUCAACUUUGAUGACGCAUUCUACGCCCUGUCAAAACAUAAACUGGAUGAAGUUAUAGCCUUGCCGCUUGAUAUUAUCGCUUACUAUGUGAAGAAAUACGGCACCAAGGGAAUUAUAUACGCCGCGGGCAUAACGCAAAAAUGGCUCGAACAGUUUCGGGAUGAUCGCUACUGGAACAACGCGAAAGAAGAUCCAGAACCAUCUAGCUUGAAGUGGAAUCAGAUUUCGGGGGGGUUCCUCUUGUGUGGCGUGCUGCUCUCACUGGCCACACUUGUCUUUAUGGGUAAAUCAAGAACUACUGCUGUGCAACCAGUGUGA